AAACAUCAGAAAAUGUCUUUUGUGGGCUAUCAGAUGGAAGAUAUAUAAGAGGUUGUGUGGUUCACCUCCAGUGUCCUCUACAGCAGACAUGACUGGUGUCCUGGUGAAGACCUGCCUGCUGGGAGCCCUGGCCCUCACACUCCUACACUCAGGAGCGGAGGCGCAGUGCGACAAUGUAGUAAUUAGUAGCGAGUGGCAGGGCAACUAUGUGGUCGACCUGACUACUGAGGCGCCUGUGGACAUCGAUGGCCUUACUGUGGAACUGUCAUUCAGUCGACCUGUGGAAUCCAUUGAAUUCUACGCGGGGACAGCCACCAAGAUUGAUGACACACACUACAUCCUGAACGACCCUACUGCCACUGCCAGUGCUGGAGAGGAACUGGUUGUCAGCUUCCAUGUGUCGUACACCAGCAUUAUGCCUCUCGUUGUUACUGAGACCAUCAACGAUGUGGAGAUUUGUGACGCGACCUUCACAACACCUACACCCAUGGAGAACCCUUGUGCUGAGACUGGUAUGAAGCCUUACGAUUACAGCCAGGUACUGUGCAUGUCCUAUGUGUUCUACGAGGCUCAGCGGUCAGGCAAGCUUCCUGCUGAUCAGCGCGUCACUUGGCGUGGUGACUCAGCUCUUGAUGACGGUUCUGAUGUUGGUCAUGACCUUACUGGUGGCUACUAUGAUGCUGGUGACCACGUCAAGUUUGGCUUCCCCAUGGCUUACACCGCCACUGUGCUGGCUUGGGGCCUCAUUGACUUCGCUGAAGGACAUGAAGCUGCUGGUCAGACGGAAUAUGGUCGAGUGGCACUCAAAUGGGCCACAGAUUAUUUCCUCAAGGCUCACACUGCCAAGGACGAACUCUACGGCCAGGUUGGUAAAGGUGAUGUGGACCACUCGUACUGGGGCCGCCCUGAGAUCAUGACCAUGGAGAGACCUUCAUAUAAAAUUGACGAAGCACAUGCUGGAAGCGAGUUGGCCGGGGAGACAGCAGCUGCCCUGGCGGCCGCCUCCAUUGUUUUCAAGGAUGUGGACUCAGCUUACGCCUCAGAGAUGCUGGACGUAGCUAAGGAGCUCUACGACUUCGCCGACAACUUCCGUGAGAAGUACGACAACUCUAUCGAGGAUGUGAAGGCUUACUACCAAUCAUGGAGUGGGUACGGUGAUGAGCUGUGUUGGGCUGCUCUGUGGUUGGCAAGAGCCACAGGGGAUGACACCUAUCUCUCGCGAGCCAAAGGACACUGGGAAGAGUUCGACUUAACCAGUUACUUGGCUUCGUUCUCCUGGGACGACAAACGGGCCGGAAUCUACUCGAUCUUCUGGCUGCUGACAGGUGACACUGAGUACUCUCAAUACCUCGUUAAGUUCCUGAAUUACUUGAAGACCACAGCGCCAUACACCCCUGAAGGUCUGGUCUACCUUGAUGCCUGGGGCGCCAACCGUCAUGCUGCUAACGUCGCCUUCAUCUCCCUCUGGGCGGCCAAGAACGGUUUCGACAAGGAGGCCAACCAGGAGUGGGCCAGGAGCCAGAUUGGCCAGCUGCUGGGAGACAACUCUCGAUAUCACAGGUCUUUUGUAGUUGGCUUCGGUCAAGACCCUCCUCAGAGACCCCAUCACCGCUCCAGCUCUUGCCCGAGUCCGCCACAAGAUUGUACAGGGGCUCUUGAUAACCCUGAUCCCAGUCCACACGUCCUCUACGGUGCCCUUGUCGGUGGUCCAGCUGGGGAUGGCAGCUAUACUGACGACCGCCACGACUACCAGCACAACGAGGUGGCUUGUGACUACAACGCUGCCUUCACUGGAGCUCUGGCCGCUCUGGUCGAACUCAGCUAGAUCACCAGACUUGACUCUCAACUUCGUCAGAGUAAUGACUUUAUUACUUUGAUUCUUCAGCCCAUCAAAAUGCCACAUUUAUCCAGAAGAAUAACAAUGCACACAAAAUAAACGCAUUAUUAAUAAAGAUUUA